AUGAUCUGGAACCAACCAGUGGUUGCACCACAUUACGACUUUAAUAGCCUAAUAGAAGAUCAUCCUGAUCUUCAGAAAUUGAUCACCGUCGAUGGUCAUUAUUCUUUUUCCCACCAACCAACCGUGCGAACCCUUACCGCCGCAAUUCUAAAGAAAUAUCAUGGGAUCACCAGCGAAUUAUCCCCCCACCAUCUUUGUCCAAGGGUCCCCAAUAGAUACUUGUAUCUCCAAUGGCUAUCCCAAAUAUCAGAAAUCAUCCUACCUAAAGGGGAUUGGUCUAUGAUACUGGUGGUGGACAUUGGAACUGGAUCGAGUGCCAUUUAUCCAUUGUUAGGGGCGUCGAUGAAUAAGGGUUGGAAGUUCGUGGGGACAGAAUGUAAUGAGGGAUCGUAUAAAUUAGCCAUGGCUAAUAUCGGACGAAACCCAUGGGUUGAAGGGAAAAUCAAGGUGGUUAAAGUGGUGGAUCCACGGAAAAUCCUUGAUUUUACAAAAAUCUCCAUUGAUAAUAAUAAUAAUAAUAAUAAUAAAGAUCAAUUGGUAUUGGUGAUGUGCAACCCGCCAUUUUUCGAUACCGAAUUAAAGAAUUCGGUAGAAUUUGACACCAAGAUCGCUGCUACGAAGUUGGUGGCCACGGAUUCUGAGCUUUUUUAUCCUGGCGGUGAAAUACGGUUUAUCAAACAAAUGAUUGCCGAAAGCGUGGUGCAGCAGCAGCAUGUCAACCGCUGGUACACCAGUAUGGUUGGGCAAUUCACAUCUUUAAAACCCAUCAUUGAGGAAUUGAAAACCAAAGGAAUUAUAAACUUUGGGAUCUUUGAACUCAACCCCGGUCAUCAUCAUAAUAAUAAUAAUGGGAAAAACAUUGAUCAGGGGCUCGAUCGGUAUAUCGAUGAUGGGUCUUCGAAUACCCCAAUAAUAAGGUGGGUUGUAUUUUGGAGUUUCCAAGCAACACAUAUCCCCGAUUUCUUGGGUCAUCAAUAUAGUAACAAAUAUAAAGGUCUAAAUGGGUUGAUCACCACUUUCAAAAUCAAUUUGAAAACUCCACGAAUCAACAUUGUCCCGGUAAUUUUUGAUAAGCUUUUGAAACCCCUCAAUUGUAUCGAGAUUUCCACCUCGAAGAUGAUGAUGUUCAAAGGCACUAAUAAUCCGUCUGAUGAGUUCAAUGUGGUUGAAGUGGUGGUGGCUGGGGAUGUUUGGUCAAGGGCGUAUCGACGCAAAUUGAAACGGUUAACGGCAGUUACUACAAAAACCGAGAGUGAGAACCCGGGGGUGGCGGUGAAGAAACAAAGGGGUAGUGGGGUUUUGUUUCCUGACAAGGAUAAAUCGAUUUUCCAAGUGAUUUUUGACGAUGUUCAUAAUCAAAUAGUUGUGUUUUGGAAAUUUGGGUACAAUGAGAAAAUAUUUGAAAGUUUUUGUGGUUUGGUGAAUAGAGAGGUCAAUUCAACAUGA